CGCCCUUGAGCAUAUUAAAAGUUAAGUUAAAGGUGAAGGUGAAGCACUGCUUUAAAGGGUCAUGUGCGCCUUGCAGGCCUCCACGAGGCAGCUCCAAUAGGGAAGGAUAGGAAGGCCCACUAGCCAGUUACUAAGCCCUACAGUUAGAGGGAUAUGGGGCAGUACACUGAGAAAGCAAUUUAAUUGACAGGAAGCUACAGGCUUUGUAAAUGAGUCAGCAAUGAUGUAAUAAAGCACUGUGGCUUAGUAAAUGAGACCCAUACCCGCCCAUGGGUAACAAGUAAUACAUCUGGAUUAUAUGCAGUCGGCACAGACCUUUAAAAUAAAUAAAUGACGGCGCUUUAAGCAGAAUCCGUGGGUACAUUAAAGGAUAGCAGGGUGACUACAAUUCCCAGAAGGCCUAGCGAGAAGACUGAGGGACUGUGAGUAAAUACUGCAGUAACAGAUGGAGAGCGCUCAGUAGCGCAGUGAGUCACCCACAGGGCGCCGGUACUGUAUCUCUCACACACAUAUUAUACACGCUGGCAGCGGAAGACCCUGGACUUGCAGGCCUUGCGGACUCUCAGGCGUUGCCUUGGAAACGUGACGUUGCCUCUCCGGUCUCCCACGCUGCGCCCCGGCAGGCCAAGUGCUGAGCAGAGCUGGUGGGCCUGGCAGCCACGUCUGUUACUGCUACUGCUGCUGGAAGAGGCUCCGGCUGAGCUUCCUUCUUCCUGCCCUUUCCCAGGAUGUGGGGGUGCGGGGCCCGGCUCCUCCUGCCCGUUCUCUUACUGUGCUGCUCGCAACUCCACACCGUCGGGGCCUGGGACAGCGGUGACCUGGAGCUCUUCGAUUUGGUGGAGGAGAUCCAGCAAAACUUCUACGAGUUCCUGGGGGUGGAGCAGGAUGCUUCAUCUGCUGACAUUAGGAAAGCCUAUCGCAAACUGUCUUUAACGUUGCACCCCGACAAGAACAAGGAGGAAAACGCAGAAACUCAGUUCAGACAAUUGGUUGCCAUCUACGAAGUAUUAAAGGAUGAAGAAAGGAGACAGCGGUACGAUGAUAUUCUUGUUAAUGGCCUCCCGGACUGGCGACAGCCUGUAUUCUAUUACAGGAGGGUGAGGAAGAUGAGCAAUGCCGAGCUAGCAUUGCUCUUGUUCAUUAUUUUCACAGUGGGCCAUUACGCCGUGGUUUGGUCCAUCUACCUGGAGAAGCAGCUGGAUGAACUUCUCAGCAAGAAAAAGAAAGAAAAGAAGAAGAAAGCUGGGGCAAAGGCUUCUGAUGAAAUAAAAUCUGGACAGAUGGAAAAAAAUGAAAGAGUCUUUGAAAAACCACAGUGGCGGGAUUUGCUUCCUUUCAAGCUAGGAAUCUGGUUCUAUUUCACAGUCAGAUCACUUCCUCAGCUUUAUCAGGAUGCCAGGCAGUAUUAUGAAGAAUAUCAGGAAAAAAAGCUGAAAGAAAAGGAAGAAGCUGCAGAACUUGCAGAACUAGAACUGAUCCAGAAGGAGAAAAAGCCCAAAGUUAAAAAGCCCAAAUCUGAAUAUCCAGUCUAUUCAGCAAGUACAGCUAAUGUCGUUGUACCAGCAUAUUAUCAGAGUGCCAGUAUUGAAGAUAUUGAAGAGCAAAUGGAUGAUUGGUUGGACUUUCGAAGUCGAGACCAAAAAAAGAAGGCCCUGGAAUGGACAGAAGAGGAGCUGAGGCAGCUGACAAGAAGUAUGGUCAAGUUCCCCGGGGGCACCCCCGGUCGAUGGGAGAAGAUUGCACAGGAAUUGGGUCGAUCAGUGGCAGAUGUCACAACAAAAGCAAAACAAGUAAAGGAUGGCGUGUCGUGUUCUGCAGGUGCCGUUAGAUUGUCUGAUUUAAAGUGCUCUGUGAAGGCAAAUGUGAAUCUGUCUGACAGUUUAAUCACACACAGAGAAGAAGAGGAAGUGGAGGAGGAGGAGCAGGAUCUCCCUGCAAGUCACAGUGAGGGCCACACAACAGGCGUCAGGGCCCGUAAAAGGAAGGGUGCAAGGGUUUCAGCAGAAGCCGCUCCUUUAUCCAGAGGUGAAGUGGAGGAGAAGGUGAGAGGCAGGCGCCAAAGAGACUUUGAUACAGAGCAGGAGGCUGAAGAUCUUGCAGACAGUGACAAUGACAUGAGAAAAAAGGAGCAAAGUCGGAGUUUGGAGGAAUUAUGGAGUCAGAACCAGCAGAAGCUGUUAGAGUUAGCACUGCAACAGUACCCCAGAGGCACCGCCGAGCGCUGGGAUAAAAUUGCCAAAUGUGUCCCCGGGAAAAGCAAAGAGGAGUGUAUAUGUCGCUACAAGCUGCUCGUGGAAUUGGUGCAGAAGAAAAAACUGGCCAAAAGCUGAUGGUGACGAGUUCUACGUGAGCAGCGAUACCUCAGUGUUCAACAUGUCAUGUGCCUUAUAACUAACUGCUCAAUGUUCUCAUCAGAAAUAUUUCAUGUGUUUGAGAAAUAAACAUAUUUUUAUACCA